AUGGGUGACUGGAGCUUUCUAGGGCGGCUGCUGGAGAAUGCUCAAGAACACUCCACUGUGAUUGGAAAGGUGAGUGACGGACCAUUGAUUGACAGGCAUUCAGUGUAUUCCCUGUAGUUCUGCAUAGGACACACCCAAAGAUAGGUCUCUUCAGUGGUUUUUCCAAUUUCUAUGUCCUUAUCUGACAAUAGAGUUGCACAUCUAACAACUUUUUAUCCCGUAAGUCCAUCUUGGAUGGCAGCUCUGUUUGUUAAUCCUUCAAAACCUUUCUUUGUCGAUCAGGUUUGGCUGACAGUCCUCUUCAUCUUCCGGAUCUUGGUGCUGGGCGCAGCAGCCGAGGAGGUUUGGGGCGACGAGCAGUCUGACUUCACUUGUAACACGCAGCAGCCUGGUUGCGAGAAUGUCUGCUACGACGAGGCCUUCCCGAUCUCCCACAUCCGCUUCUGGGUGCUGCAGAUCAUCUUUGUCUCCACACCCACCCUCAUCUACCUGGGCCAUGUGCUACACAUCGUUCGCAUGGAGGAGAAGAGGAGGGAGAGGGAGGAUGAGCUCAGAAAGGCCGGGCGGCACCAGGAGGAUCAUGACCCCCUUUAUCACAAUGGAAUUGGGGACGGCGGAGGGGGCGGCGGGAAGAAGGAGAAGCCGCCGAUUCGGGAUGAGCAUGGGAAGAUCAGGAUCCGUGGGGCAUUGUUGAGGACGUACAUCUUCAACAUUAUCUUCAAGACUCUGUUUGAGGUGGGCUUUAUCCUGGGACAGUACUUCCUCUACGGUUUCCAUCUGAGGCCGCUCUAUAAAUGUGGUCGCUGGCCCUGCCCGAAUACUGUGGACUGCUUCAUCUCCAGGUUAGAAAGUAGGAUUUUACUGUGUUUUUACCCUUUUCGUAAUUUCUCGAGUGUGUGUUGUUUGCAACACAAAUGAUUGUAUUUCUCAUCAGCUGAAGGAUUUAUAAACUGCUCCAAUCAUUUGCUUGAAAUGACCACUUACUGCACCCCGAACCCUUUAUUGAGUAUUGCUUGACUGAUCAAGCUUAUUGUUCCUUUGAUUACAUACAACAGGCAAGGUUGAGGUGUGAUCCUGCUUGAAAAGCUCUACUAAAUAUGUUUUUAUUUACUGGGACGGAUGAAAAAGUCCACAUUAGUCAGGUUAAUGCUAAAUUAUUCGACAAAAUUGAUGGUGGCGCUUGUCUCCCAUGUCUUGUCCCUGGAUGCUAUUACAAGAGGCUGAGGAAGUGGUUUCCUUAGAGAGUAUUUGCUCAGGGUGUUAGAUCAUUGAUUAAGAAUUACCUACAAUGGCAAUGGCCGACUUUUUGCCUCUGUACUUGGUUACAGAAAAACAGAAUGAAUCUGCCUUGAGAUGGCAUAUAAGAUUGUUGGUACAAAAUGGCAGGAGGUGCUGAUAUCUUGGUACCAGUUGCCUGGGAUGAGAGAAUCUGCUGUUGAUGGUAUUACAAGAGGGAAAAGGUGAGCUCUUAAAUUUCAGUACUGAGUGCUGAGAUAAGGAUGUUGGACAAUGAGGUCCUAGGCAUCUCCAAAGACAGGAUCUCAGCUUCUAUAACUGAGGGCAAAUGGGAACUUAGGUUAUAGUUAUUCCAAAGAAGUCAUCAUUAGAUGGGGAGAGACAAAUUGCCAUGUUUGAGACAAGAUUCUUGUGAAUGAUUUUACUGAAGUCUUUGCUGGUUUUUCCAUUCAUGCUUGUGCAGUUUUCUUGUUUUUUGGUUCUGCAUUCACAAUAACCCUGGACAAUGUGGGGGUUUUGUUUCACAAGGAAUUCACUCUUCAGUCUUCUUGGUGUAGGUCUUGCACUACCUUGACUUACCAUGUCCUUACACCAUUGGGCAGAGAUGGGAAUUGUGGAGUCACCAAGUCAUCUCCAUGCCAUGUAUUUGUUCUGCUCAGUUACUGAACCAGGUGCCUUCACUAAUGAGCUCACCUUUCUGGCUGCUCACUGGCCGCAGCUGGUUCAGUGACAGAGCAGAACAAAUACAUGGCAUGGAGAUGACUUGGUGACUCCACAAUUCCCAUCUCUGCCAUUGGGUACUUCUUUGUGAUAACAAAGAAGAAUUGACUUGUCUUGCGGUGCAUCUCAAGUCAUGCUGUUGGCUAUUUGUGUUGUUUUAUGUGAUAGGCUGAUGGGUAAGAAAGGUCUGAGAUGACCUUCAACAGUGACAGAGUGUGCUGAGGCUUGCAUUUCACGUAAGAGCAGAUAAACAAAGCAUCCACUUUUGCUGUUGACGUUUUGGGUUUGGAUAGGCAUAAAAACGUUCUCAAAAGUAAAUGCAGAGUAUGGAUUGUGUGGUUUUCAUCUGAGAAUGAGAUCCUCUUGUCCCUCUUUACAGGCCUACUGAAAAGACGAUCUUCAUCAUCUUUAUGCUGGUUGUUGCCUGUGUCUCCCUGGUCCUAAACCUUCUGGAGAUCUACCACCUGGGCUGGAAAAAGGUUAAGCAAGGGGUCACAAAUGAGUUCAUACCUGACAGCGAGUUGCUACUUCUGAGUGCAGAAAAACCUGGUGACGCUGACACGAUUCCUGAGCAGACCUCCGGGUCUGUGCUUGAGUGUUUGCCGAUGUACGCCAGCAUGAACGUUAUGAGGGGUGGAGAUGCCGAGGGAGGAGCAUAUGGUCCCGCAGAGGCCUCACCUGCAGUGGUUUCCUUAGAUCCCAGCACCAGCUCCAUGCCUGCCCGAUUCAAGAUGGAAGGGGCAGAGUUCAACCCAGAUGACUACCUGAUGGAGUCCUUGCCCACUUCUUUUUAUCACAGUGGAGAUAAAGCGAUCAUGGGGAGCGAAGAUCAGGCGACAGCGAUGGAUCAGAAUUGGAGCAACAUGGAACGAGAGCUCCAUGGUCAAGAUGGAAAGUACUACCCUUCAUCCUUCCCUCCCCCUCUUCCCUCCCCUCCCACCUCAGCCUCCUCGUCUCCUCAGGAGGAGAUAUUCCCCUCACUUCCACCAGGGGAACAACACUCAAUGUUCCCAACACUUCCUCUUCGUACCCCUCUAUCAUCACUGUCACCUGUCGAUGAGGAAAGUAUCGUCCCAAGUGCACCUUGUAUGGCCCCACAUGACGACUUCACCAUCAUAACCAGGGCGGAGAUGCAUCAGCCUCCUGCUGUUCCAGUGAUAGACAUCCGGAAGCCGACUCGGGCCAGUAAGAGCGGCGGGAUCAGAGCUCGCCCAGAUGACCUGGCAGUGUAG